AUGAAAGCGUUCGUUAUACUAACAACUCUAUGCGGCUUGGUGCUUCUUUUCGGAAACGCGAGGUCACGAAAAUUAAGUUUAGAACAGUUUGAGGCCUGUAUCAAAGAAUGCUCCAACCAAUAUGAGGAGUGCAUAGAGAUCACUAAAGACCUAUGGCACAAUUUCUAUAAGAACAGAAAAAAUAUCUCCAAAAUUGUCAACAGUUGUUGUAUGAAAAAUGAGAAGAAGGAGAACGCGCUUGCAACCGAUAGUUUCGCCACUUGCACUAGGGUUAAAUGUGGCUCCCAGCUCUAUGGGUGCAAAAUCGUGAGAAAACACGAAGGAGCAUUUUCAAAAGAUGAAAAGGACAAUAUGGGCCACAAGUGA